GAAACUGAGGCACGUUUGUAAACUCUACAUGUGUUUAGUGUACAUAUUCAGCCAGAGGAUCGUGGCAUGAACGAUCUUCCUGGAUUCCCAAUAAAGAAACAUUUGCGUCAUUGCUGUGCUGAUCACGGACUAACUAUUAUUAUAAAGAUAUUAGAAGCUCGCUGGAUAUGUGUUGAUUAUCCACUGCUAGCCAAUAACAAAACAUUAAGACUGUAAGUCAGUGAAGUACAAGAUGCAGAUUUAAGGGGUAAAUGUUGAGUCGGUAUUAUUCCUGACACUCUUCUCUGAAACAUUAGACGCCCUUGUGUUAUUUCAGGAGUUUGGGAUGUUGCGGCGUCCCAAGCCCACAGACAGUGAGGCGGAUCUGCUCCGGGAGCAGCAAGAACUUCUGGCGGCGGGCGGCCAGUCCACUGUCACUGUAGUGAAGCGCCCUGACAAACGCAGAGGAGAUGCUGCAGCUGCUGAUGCACAUGAGCAGGAAAAGCAGAGAGAUGUUGUUACUAUUGAAGAUCUUCCAGAUGAGAUUCCCACCUUGACCCCCGCAAAGAAGUCACGCUUUAAACAGGAGCGGGUGCGUUUUGAAGAUGAGGACCCAGAAGAGCGACUGGACAGGCAUGAUACUCAUAUCAGUGCUGUUCUCUCCAGGAUCAUUGAGAGGGACACGAGUGCAGUACCUGUGUCGCUCCCGUGUAUCACAGGCACUGCUUUCCCCAAAGUCUUACGUAGAUCUGUAGUGGAAAAUGAGGGGCAGGAAAAAGCUCCUAGAGGAAGAAAAAGUAUUUUCGCACGUCAAAUUGCAGCACAGAGGUCUUUAAAUGGUUCAGAUACUAGAGAUAAGUCUUCUGCAUCUAGACAUGUGGGCUGCUCACCACUGGAGAGCAUGGAGACUGAGCGACCUGAAUCAGAUGUUAUGGACCGUGUUGGUGGCCCCUUGCUACUUUCAGGUCAAGGACUUGGGAUUGCAAAUAGUGCCAUGGAGACAAUGAAAAUCCAUGAGGAGAAUCAGGCAAGGUUGCAGGCGAUGUCCAAGAGUGAGAUACUUGAGGAACAGAGGAAGCUUCUGGCACAGCUUGACCCCAGAUUAGUGGACUUUGUGAGAUCUCGGAAGGCACAGAGAACACCAGGAUCCGAGUCAUCAUCCAGUCCUGUGCAACGUCUGCCUAAUAGCACUUCUACAGAGUUAGACCACACAAUAAAAGCACAGGAAUCUCAAAGGGAUACCAUGGAGGAUGAUGAGGAAGAAGAUGAGAAUCAGCUUGUAGUUCAACCUCCGAUUACAGGUAAGUGAUUUCAGAGCUUGUUUAGCAGCAGCAGAUCAUAUAAUAUACUACUGUGUUGCGAUGAAAUGUUGUAAAGACACAGAAAACCUACAUAUUUGUGGUUUAUUUGACACAUGCUACUCAUUACAGUAUUGUUUUAGUCUUUUUUUGUAUUUGUAUUUUGAAUUUGUACUGGUUUGCAUGCAUACAGCAGUGGAAAGUAAAGCUAAUGUCCUGGACGAGGUCUUAUCAAUCUUGUCAGCACAAGUGCAGCUGGAUGCUUUCCAGUUUUUUAUUCACCCUGGGCUUGGAACUGGCCACACAGAUUUCGGACUGUACACUUUGCAGAUCUGUCCAGCUAAGCUGUGAGCCCAGCAUGCUAAGGCAAAUGCAUCAAUUUCAAUUAGUCUGAUUAGAUCAGAGUUAGCUAGAGCAAGCACCAAUUUGUUUUAAGGUAAUAGAGAUAAGAGGAACUCAUUGACAUUUAUGGAUGAAGCACAUCAGGGGUUACCGUUCAGAGGACAGUUCUUCCGUAGUUGCACUGCCGUCAGCAUGUGGUACUGUCAAUAUGCAUGCGAAUUGGCUGUUUAAAGGGUUAGUACACCCAAAAAUGAAAAUUCUGUCAUUAAUUAUU